CACAGCAGAAUAGGGUUGUUGAGAGAAUGAACCGAACUCUCAUGGAGCGUGCUAGAUGCAUGAUGAGCACUGCAAAAUUGGGGAAGGAAUUUUGGGCUGAAGCUGUUAACACUGCAUGCUAUCUAAUCAACCGCUCACCCACUGUUUCUCUCAAGUUGAAAACUCCGGAGGAGGUUUGGUCUGGUAAACCUGCAAAUUAUUCUUUCCUUCGAAUCUUUGGAUGUGAUGCUUAUGUUUGGGUGCCUAAGGAGAAAAGAACCAAAGUUGACAAAAAUUCAAAAAGAUGUAUUUUUCUUGGCUAUGAGACAGGUACAAAGGGGUACAGAUUGUGGGAUCCUACUGCCCGCAAGCUUAUUAUUAGCCGAUAUGUGGUUUUUAAUGAAGAUGUUUUUCAAGGCAAAACUAAAAAUGAAGAAGCAAGGAAGCUUGUUAUUGAGCAAGAAGCUAGUUUUGAUGAUGCUGUACAGGAGGAAAAUAUUCAAAAUGAUCCUCAAUCUGAGUCUGAGCCUGAGUUUGAGCUUUUACAUGAAGGAACUUCAUAUGGUGAUGCUAUUUCGCCUCAACCUCGAAGGGCCAUUAGACCUCCAGCGAGUGCAAUGGAGGAGGAGAUGGAGUCUUUGCACAAGAACAAAACUUGGGAUCUUGUUCAGCUACCAGAAGGUCGAAAGGCAAUUGGCUGUCGCUGGAUAUACAAGUUGAAGAAGGACUCAAAAGGGAAUAUAGAAAGAUACAAAGCCAGACUUGUGAUUAAAGGGUAUGCCCAAAAACCUGGUAUUGAUUUUGAUGAAGUUUUCUCACCAGUUGUUCGUAUGACUACUAUUAGAGUUGUUUUAGCUCUUGCUGCUUCUCUUGAUCUUGAGUUAGAACAACUAGAUGUCAAGACAGCUUUCUUGCAUGGUGAUUUGAAUGAAGAAAUUUAUAUGACACAACCUGAAGGCUUUGUUGAAGAAAAUAAUAGAAGUUUGGUUUGUCGGCUGAACAAAUCGCUUUACGGUCUGAAACAGGCGCCUAGAUGCUGGUAUAAGCAGUUUGAUUCCUUUAUCGUGAGCUUGGGAUUUCAUAGAUGUGAAGCUGAUCAUUGUGCUUAUUUUUGUGAUUAUAAUGAUGGAUGCUUCUGUAUCUUGUUAUUGUAUGUAGAUGACAUGAUUAUUGCAGGAAAUAGUCCCACUUAUGUCUCUACAUUAAAAGCUCAACUUGCUGGGGAAUUCGAUAUGAAGGACUUGGGAGCCGUGAAUCAAAUUCUUGGGAUGAAGGUAUUUAGAGAUAGAGAGGACAGGAAGAUCUGGUUGAAUCAAAAGAACUACAUAGAAAGGGUUCUGCGGCGCUUCAAUAUGCAGAAUGCUAAACCAGUGAGUACCCCCUUUCCUGUUCAUAUUAAGUUGUCUUCAGAAUACUCACCCAGCACUGAAGCAGAGAAGGCAGCGAUGUCUCGAGUACCAUACUCAUCAGCAGUAGGGAGUCUUAUGUUUGCUAUGGUCGGAACUAGGCCGGACAUUGCACAAGCACUGGGAGCUGUUAGCAAAUACAUGGCAAAUCCUGGUCGUGUUCAUUGGGAUGCAGUGAAGUGGAUCCUUAGAUAUUUAAAGGACACUUCAAGUGUUUCAUUAUGUUACAGGUCAAUGGAACCCGAUUGUGUUGGUUUUGUUGAUGCAGACUUUGUCGGAGAUAGAGAUAAAAGAAGAUCAACUUCUGGUAAUGUCUUUAUCAUGGCAGGUGGUGCAGUUAGCUGGGAGUCUAAAUUGCAGUCGGUUGUAGCCUUAUCAACAACAGAGGCAGAGUAUAUCUCUAUCUCUCAUGCUUGCAAAGAAGCUAUUUGGUUGGAGAGGUUGCUUGCAGAAUUUAAAAUGAAGCAGGACACGUUUUCUAUGCAUUGUGACAGUCAAAGUGCUUUGUUAUUGGCUAAGAAUCCAACUUUUCACUCUCGCACAAAGCAUAUCGAUGUCCACUAUCAUUUUGUUCGACAAUUAGUUGAAGAUGGGAAGAUACUUCUGCACAAGGUUCACACAAGUUCAAAUCCAGCAGAUAUGUUAACAAAACCAGUGGCCCGUGACAAGUUCAAUUGGUGCAAGUCUUCAAUUGGACUUGAAGAAAUUUGAUUCCUUUUUCAUUUUUUUGUUUGUUUUGUUUCAAGAAACGUGUCUUCAAGUGGGAGAUUGUUGAAGACCAAGUCAAAUAAGACUGUUAGUGGAGUCCUAAUAAAGUGGAGCUGCUGGAGCAUACCAGAUUUUUAUCUGAUAUGAAGCCACGUUUUUAGUAGAGAGUUACAACAAAUUCUGUUAUUUUGCUGUCUAUAAAUAAGAAGAAUGACCAGUUGCACUGUGUGUCAAAUUCUCAUCUUUUCAUCAUAGUUUCUUGUUAUAGUUGUUCUGCUUUCAAUAUUCAGCAAUAAAAAUCAUUUCAGUUU